CGUCGUCGAACGGUCACGCUCGUUAUGAAGCCUCAGAAGGAAUCUAGAACUUGUCCUACUUGUCUGUUGAAACCAGUCUUGAUGGCAAUUCUAGUGUUCGGAGUGAAAUUCGUCAAACCUUGCCAAUGUUCCUGUUGGGAGGAAAUCUUAAAAUUCGAAAAAUAUUAUAAUAUUUACUACAAUAUUGUGGAAGUAUCGAUAUGGAUCGGGGUUUCGGUGGUCCUAUCCAUGUUUACUAGAAUCGAAUUGAUUUGCACCCAGGCGUUCAGAAUCUUCGGUGACGGCAUUAUGCAGAUAAAAUUUGUUUUCUUUUUCGUAGCAUUGUGCAUGGCUCUGCAAAACACCAUAUUGAAACGAGCACAAAUAUCCUUCGUUCAGAAGAGAAGCAGUUAUGCCGGAGAAGAAAAAUUAUCAAAAAAAAUCGAAAAAGUCUGCUUGUUGAUGCUCUCCAUCAUAUUCUUUAUAUCGGUAUCGUUGUCCUUUAACUUAGCUGUCGUCACCUAUCCCGUGUUGAAGAAAGAAGGCUGUCACGAUAUUGUAGCGAUUGUAUGUUGUUAUCUUAUUCAACUGAUUACGAUCUUUGUUUUAGGACAGAUAAUGUCGGUAAAAAUGGCAGAAAUCUUGAUAUAUCAGAUCAUCAACCGAAGAUACGAGAAGUUGUCCGAGGAAUUACAAGAAAUGAAUCCGCGAUCGACGUCUAGAAACGAAAUUGAAGAAUUUAUCGAGAAACAAACCGACGUGUGGGAAAUCGUUCGAGAAAUAAACGAAAAACACAAGUAUUUGCACUUAAUUGAAUACGGACUGUAUUUGUAUUUAACGUGUUUUCUACUGUACGGAACACUCUUUGUCAAGAUGCCAACCAUCCUACAGUUGGCAAUGUGGUUUGUAGUUUUAUCAGUAACGAGUGGAACACUUUUCUUUGCAUUUCUUCUGUCGAAUUUCACAUCGAAACUAUACGACAACUUUUCUGAAAUUCGAAAAUUGGCCUUGUGUAAUUUAUCUCCAGUGUACAAGUUCAAGAUUCUUUGCUUCGCGAAGAGAUACGGAAAGACUCCUCUGGGAUUCUCUAUGGCGGGAUUCAUUGUUGUCAAGAAGGACUUCUUUAUUAAAGUGGCAGAGGGCCUUUACUCGGUAUUCAACGCCUUUCUCGAAUUAAGAGGUUCGUUUUCCGCUACAAAGCAAAAUUGCGUUACUUCGUCGUUAUCGUCCAACAAAACCGCAAAAGUUUCUUAAAAAUACAGCUUAAAACGGUGUAUUUUGCAAAUCCAUAAACAAAGUUGUUAUAUCGCUACGCGUGAUUUUAAUAUAACGUAUAGCGAUAUUGUAAUUCGCAUUCCAGACAUAAAUUUAUAUUAGUUUCGUGCCGUGAAAAAAUAAAAAUAAAAAUUAGAAUUUAUAAACGUGCCAAUUUGUUGGAUCUUGAGAAAUAUUUUUUGUAUUGUUCAUUAUUGUGUAAUUUUAAUUCUGCUUAUGAAAAGAGUCGUGGGAGGUUACGAACUAUUUUUAUCGAUCUGAAAUGCGAAAACAAAAGAAAUUUUAAUUUUAUUUGAAUUUACAUCGUCUCGAGUGAUGCUAAUCAGUAUUGAAUUUUUAAAUGUAAUAAACACUCGAAAAU